UCUGUGCGUCAGUGUCUUUCAUGUGUCUCGCGGAGACGUGGGUAAAAAGGACAAUUAUUACUGAGGCUCGAGCUCUUCUUUCGUUAAUUAAUAUUUCUCUGAGACUCUUCGAGGACCGUUUUCCCCUUUGAGGUGUUCCUGUGUUUCCACGCCGCGGCUCAGUGACCUGAAGGAGGCUUGAUGAGUGGAAGCAGCGUCGCAGAAUUUCAUGUGCAUCUCAAACCCCACACACAUGGAUGUCAGGAGGAAAAGGUCCAAUGAUGCUGCCCACGUCGGUCUACUCGGUUUCAACAACUACUAGUCACAUCAGCCACCUGGUCAGUCACCGCAACACACCUGAAGAAGACGAUGAAACCAUGAGUGCAGAGCUGAGAGACCCCAGCAUUCUUUCCAAACCGGAGUCCGCCUCCGACCCUCUGGGCCACCACCCUCUUUCAGACUGUGAUGGCUCUCUGUUCGGCAAGCAGAGCCUGGACACAGAGGAGCACAAGCACAUUAGGAUCUUCCCCCAGUCCAGCUUCUGCCCAUCCCAGCCCUCUCGCAGCUUGCCAGCUGGGUACAGCCCCCAAACUCCUUUCCCGAGCCAGGCAUACAGCGGCUGGCUCCACCCGAGUUUCGCCAGCAGUUGGUCGGGAUAUCCCAACAGCCUGCCGUCCUGUCUGAGCCAGAAAGAUUACUCCAGCUGUUCUGGAGAGAGCUGCCUCUCCAGAUGCAAGUUCCUGUCCCUCCCCGGCACUCACAGCAGCAUGGGCAGCUUAGAGCAGCCUCUCUCUCUGCGCUCCAACCCGCCUUCAGCCAACCUGUACCACCACACGUUAUCGCCAUACUCGUGUGCACCACAGGGGCCCGCCUGCUGUGCUCAGUGCCCUGCAGACGCCUUCAACAGGGAGCCUAUGGUCAACAAGCAUCCCUGGCCUGAGUACCACCCAGCUUACCGCCAGUACUAUGCAGGUGACUGCAGAGUUCCUGCAGGUGGAUUCACACAGAUCGGACACAACGUUCCAGUCAAAGAGAAGCGCCCUCCUUGCAGCGCGCCGCUGUCUCUGGAGCAGAGGCGUGUCUUCGUCACUUACGAAGCAGACAACGACAAGCACGUCAACGAGAUCAUCAAAUUUGUGGCUCUGCUGCGGCACAACGGCUUUGACACGCACAUCGACAUUUUCGAGCAGCAGUUCAGAAGCAUAAGCAAGAUUGACUUCAUGGAGCGAUACCUGAGUGAGAAAGAGUAUCUCAUCAUCAUCAUCAUCAGCCCCAAGUACUACGAGACGGUGACCGCUUCCCCUGCUGGCCUGGAGAGCGACGAGAGGACCUACAACACGGUUUACAUACAUAAACAGCUGCAGAAUGAAUUCAUCCAGAAUGGAAGCAAGAAUUUCAGGUUCAUUCCUAUCCUGUUCCCCGGGGCUAAAAAGUGCCACGUGCCUAACUGGCUCCAGAACACACAUGUAUAUGGAUGGCCACGUGAUCGGGAUGACAUCCUGCGGCGGCUGAUGAGGGUCGAGAAGUACAACCCACCUCCUAUCGGGGAGCUUCCGACCAUAGUCUCCAUCCCCAUUUAAAAAAACUCUGAGCUGGAUUCACAGACUGGACUUAAAUCUUAUUGGCUGUUGGUCAUUAAGGAGGUGGACAGAGUGAUGAGGUGCUUUUGUGAACAGACAGAUGUUGUGUGUUUAAAUUAACAUAUAGAGAAGUGCCAGUGUUGGUCUGAGAUAGACGUGCAGACUCAGGCUUUUUUUUUUUUUUUAAAAUAUAUAUAUCUUUGCCGUUGUGCAUCAUGCUGUAUGUGCACUGGUGCUACUCCACCUCGUGUUUUUUGUUUGUUUUGUUUUUGUUGUUUUGUUGUUGUUUUUUAAAGGGGGUCUAUUAUCAUUCCCAGCCCAAGAUAAUGUUACUCUUGGAAUCGGGAGCUUUGCCUGAUUCACAGAUCAAAGCAAUCCUUAUUCACCGUACAGCUGCAGAGACCGAGGAGAGUGCAAGCCAUGUUGUUUUGUUAAAGCUACAGUUUGCACAUGUCGCCUGAAUGCGUCGUGUGCAGGUAAUCACGAAGUUGCGUUUUUGAAAAGAACACAGCUGUGAGGACACAGUCUCUGGAUGUGAGUGUGCAGAACAGGCAGAACGGUGUGUGCGUGCAAAAAACAAAUUAAAUUUUAUGUGAGAACUGUUUGAGGAAAGCUUUCGUUUUCACAUCUCGAGCACCUACGUUGGACUUAAACUGAGGGUGUGCCUCCUAGUAGUUGAUGGUUACACUUGAUUUAUAGGACUAGUAAAUUGCUCCUCAAUAAUGUACGCUUCACGCAGAGCACAGCAGGGAAAACGCUGAUAGCAGAACAGGUUUCAACCCCAACUUUAGCACUGCUUUCACUCAGGGCCCAACAAUACCAGACCUGGUUCAACUUGGUUUCACCUGGUUGAACAUUGGUCAAGCUGGGCGAACAGUAGAUACACGGGUUCAACAGCCUGGGAUUUACUUUAUGUAUAUACACUGAUCUCCUUGUACAUGUUUAUAUUAAACAUCUCAAACUGGAGCGAUCUACAGUACUGUGCAAAAGUCUUGAGUCACUGCUCAUUUUUUAAAAUACAUUAUCACCUUUAUUCUCCAACAUAGCCUAAACUCUCUGAGACGAACCUUCUGGUAAUUUUCUCCAGGCUUCAUUCAAAGCUGUUUUUUGAAUGUCGGCUGCCUUUUGUUCUGUUCUCUGUCAAGAUCACACUUCAAUAAUGUUGACGUCCGGGCUUCAUGACUAACAGUGUUGCGUGUUGGUUUUUUUGUCUUUUCUGUCCGGAUUUGCUUUUAGCAGAUUGACAGUGGUCUCAUACACAAUGUCAAUCAGAGGAAAGUAUUGGAUGGUGGAUCAAAACCUGAUGGUACUUUCAGCAUUCCUAAGACCAUGAAUUUUGACAAGAUUCCCCACCAUGUUUUACAGAUGACCGCUAUUGGCCCCUGAUCUCAUCCUUAUGGACUGACCGUGAUUUAAACCAAAAAUUUUCCAAUUUGAAUUUGUUACCACUGAUUCUUCGCUCCAGUUCUCGUGUAAUUUCGCAUACUUCUUUUUCCCUUCCUUACAAAUGGCUUCUUCACAGCCUUUCACUGAGACCACUUCUGAUGAGGGAAUCACCUUGUUGAUGUAAACUUACUAUUUUAUGUCUAUCAAACUGUGUUAGCUUUGGCUUUUUUCAUAUAAUAAACAAAAGACACGGAAAUACAGCAUCCAACUGGCAGACUUGCAAAAGCACCAAGAGAUACAAUUUAAAAAGAACUUCUUUGCAAAGUUGUAUUAUGUAAAAACACAACACUGGUUCAUCCCUUGAGUUAGGUGCCUUUUUUGUGCUCUGGUGAUAAGUAGGUGACUGAGUGGCUUAACUAACAAAAGAAGUUCCUCUGAAAAUGGACAGGUACGGGGACUGGGCUGAAAGCUCAAGUCUACUUAAAGUCUGGCUCCCUGGAUGUGAAGAAAUGAAGCGUGGCUCAGGCCUUUUACACAGUACUGCAUGUGACAGAAAUUUAGGCAAAACAUAAUAGUUCCCCUUUAAUUUUAAAGCCUGAAAACACAGAUUCGUGAAUGUUUGUUUGUUUUACUGGACAUCUCCUACACGUCACUACAAACAGAUGUAUAUGUGUUUGAGUGGAACAGCAGGGCUCUCACUUACGAUGUGCAAACAUUGACCCAGAUACUAUAUUCUCUCAGCCUUUAUGACCUAUUACAGGUGCCUGUUCAUUUUGAACAGCUGCUCAACUGGACGCAUAACACAGUGGUUUGUCAUCGUGUUUUCUUAUAUUGUGUGUGGUUCGUAUUGUUUAAAGAGAAUGCAGGUGCGGGUAAAAAUGGUUUGUGGCUUUUGUAUUUGCAUUUAUACCUCUCUGUAAGCUGCACCCGAAUUCAUUUUCUCUAACCCACUUUUGUUAAUUUAUGUUCCAACUAAGUUAUUCUUAAAAAGUUUUAGCAAUUAUUUUUUUCUGUAUGAGCGUUAAAGUGUGUUGUCGUCCCCCCUAGCAUCUAACCUUUUGUACUGAAUACAACAAAAAGAGCAGGGGGGUAAUCUGGUGUUUUUCAUGUUCCUUCUGCAUUGGAAACUAUUCUCAGGGGAUCCUUGAUGCUAUGUUACAAUAAAAGUAUUGAAUGACUUGCCCCCGAGCUGUCCUCUGAAAAA